GAAGUGAUUUGCUCGGCGGCGUGUCGGGCUUCACGGCGAGUUGAAUGCGGUGCGGCUUGUUUUUAAAGACCAGCGCCAAAAAUAACAAUCUAGCAUCGAUCGCAGCAAAUUAGAUAGCCUUCCGCUUGCACUGUCGAAAGUAGCCUAUUUAACAUGUGCAGUCUGAACGUCUUUGACUCUGAAUGUUUCCACGCAGCUCGCUAGUUAGCUAACGAUAGAAGUUCCCCCCCAUUCAGAAAAGCUUGCUAGCAAACUCUUGCAAUUCAAUCGACGGUGUCAGCUUCCUGGAGUACAAACGGCAUUAUGUGUCUUUUUAACCAUCUAACGUAGUAAAAACAUUUUUGGAUAUUCUACACCGUUCUCUCCUGCUAUGAUGCCUGCCCUUUGAGUGGCGGCCAGGGCAUGAUGCCUCCUGAGCCGGGCUGGGGUCAUGGAGAAAAUAAUCCAAGAAGCCGACGUGCGGCUGCCCUCUACUUUCCUGCGAAUCUCCGACGGCUCGGCGGAGACACCGAAAGAGCAGCCACGGGACAGGAAGGCAAUGGGGUUUGUGCUGGUGCAUGCAGGGGCCGGUUACCACUCGGAGUCCAAAGCCAAGGAGUAUAAGCAUGUCUGUAAGAAAGCUUGCCAGAGGGCUGUGGAGAAGCUGAACGCUGGUGCCCCAGCAGUAGAGGCUGUCACUGCGGCACUAGUGGAGUUGGAGGAUUCUCCUUUCACCAAUGCGGGCAUGGGCUCCAACCUGAACCUGUCAGGGGAGAUUGAAUGCGACGCCAGCAUCAUGGAUGGAAAAUCCUUGCAGUAUGGGGCAGUCGGUGCCCUCAGUGGCAUUAAGAAUCCCGUGUUGGUGGCGAGCAGACUGCUGAGCGAAGCCCUCAAAGGAAAGCUGUCUGCGGGUCGUGUUCCUCCAUGCUUUUUGGUGGGGCGAGGAGCCUAUCACUGGGCAGUGGGCCAUGGGAUACCGCCCUGUCCUUCAGACAAAAUGGCCACGAAGUUCAGUCUGUCAGCCUACAAGAGGAACAGGCGGAAAAUAGAGCUGGCGGAGAAGGUGGAGUCUGACUAUGUGCAGGUGAAGAAGAGAAGACAAUCAAGUGAGAACGAGAAUGGCUCAGGGUCUCUGGACACGGUGGGGGCUGUCGUGGUGGACCAGGAAGGAAACGUGGCGGCGGCGGUAUCGAGCGGAGGCCUUGCCAUGAAGCAUCCGGGUAGAGUUGGCCAGGCAGCUCAUUACGGGUGUGGCUGCUGGGCCGAGAACGCCUGCAACCUGAAUCCGUACUCGACAGCUGUGAGUACCUCAGGCUGUGGGGAGCACCUCAUCCGCACCAUGCUGGCCCGGGAAUGCUCAGCGUCUGUGCAGUCAGAGGACGCCCACCAGUCCCUACUGGACACUAUGCAAAACAAGUUCAUUAGCUCGCCGUUUCUGGCCAGUGAAGACUGUGUCCUGGGGGGCGUCAUCGUCUUGAGAUGCUGCAGAUGUGCAGAUCCCCCGUCCUCCCCGGAUCUCCGGGCUCUGCUAGUGGAGUUCCUGUGGAGCCAUACAACAGAGAGCAUGUGUGUGGGGUACAUGUCAGCCCAGGACGGCAAGGCCAAGACACACAUCUCGCGGUUGCCUCCCGGAGCCGUGGCCGGCCAGUCGCUGGCCAUCGAGGGAGGAGUUUGUCGCCUGGGAAACCCAAUGGACUGAUGUCGCCCAGCUUGUCCUGCAGCGAUACCUGUACCGCCCCCAAGACUCAGCUUUAGCGUCAUCAGAUGCGAAUGCAUGCUGUGGGCUUUGUCUCAGUGCACUAUAGAUCCUGCAUCCCUGCCAGUAACAGCACUAGUUUUGCGUUGCCUAUUCCCUUUGACCCCCCCCCCCCCCCAAUUCCUCCCCCCUAACUCUUGCUUCUGUUUGAGGUUUUUACUUUGCUUACCCAUCAUGCACCUCUGCACAAGCUAUAUUUCCUAUAUAAGCUAAACAUGGUCUUCAAACAGGGUGGACAUAGAUUUUUAUUUUGUAAUUCCAUGUCAUUUUAUGUAUCUCAUUUUUUGUAUUUUGUUAGUUGCAAAAGGUCUUUGUAAAUAUUGGACGUUAAUCCACGAGUGGACUUAACAGUGAGGUCUGAAUAAGAGCUUUUUAAGGCCAGGCUCAGUAUGUAUGAUUAUACUUUUUUACAUAUUCAAAAUAAGAUGCACGUUGUAAUUUCAGAGUCUUUAGAAGGGAGUGGUUCUGUGUAUGUAUGUAGACGUGUGUGUGUGUGUGUGUGUGUGUGUGUGUGUGUGUAUAUACGUAUGUAUGUAUAUAUAUAUAUGUAUGUGUAUAUAUGU